CCGCUCGAGGCUUCCUUCCCCAGUGACCGCUGCCGAGCCAACUGCCUGUGCGUCGAAGGGAGCGGCAGAUCUUGGCGGCUGUAGCGCUAUGCUUGCCGCCUCCGCAGGGAAGUGCCUGGGGGGGCUGCUGCUGGUUUGCCUCUACCUCAGUCUCUCGGGCGGGAGCUCAGCAGAUCCAGCUAUGACAACACAAGAUGCAAGCAGUCAGUCUCAGGCAAACUCUUUGACUAAUAUGAAGAAUGAACUUAAUGAGUCAUUUCUUGAACCCAUGGCAACUACACAAAUUGUCAGUUGGCAAACGCAGGGGCGCCCUUCGGAUCCUGUGACACUUGAACAUGAAGUGUCUGUACCUGGUCCAAAUCUUGCCACAAAAGAGUACAGGCAGACAAGCAGUCAGAGUAUCACUUCUGUGCAGUAUGAGUUACUCCUACCUGGUGCUUCUGGUACUUCUGUGGAAACAACUAUCAGUUUGGAAAAGGUAGUUGAAGUUGAACUUACUUGCAUAUUGGACAAGGAGUAUUCUUAUUUGAAAAGUUUUCAAGUGUCUUGGAAGAGGGGAAAUGAAACUAUCAGUCAUACCAAUAAAACUGAUAACAGCUGGAGCAUCAAAGUUAGUGUCUCCGAUAGCAGUAAGUUGGGAAGUUACAACUGUACCCUGAAAGGUGAAAAAGAGCUCAGUGGUAUUUUUCACUUACAAGUACCGAAAAUUAAAGGAAAAGAAAAACCCACAAUCAGUUACCUUAGAGAUACAGCUGUAAUGACUUGUGAAUGUCCUGGCUAUACAGCCAUUUCUUGGACCUGGUAUAUGACCAAUGGAAGUAAACAGAUUGUCAUUAAUGAGUCUUUGCUGGCAGACAGGUAUGUAAUUAGUAAAAAGUCUGCCAGUAUAACCCAGCUGAAGAUACUGAAGCUCACCAAGGAGGAUGGUGGUGAAUAUUGGUGUGAAGCUACUUUUGAAUUAGGGAAAAGUGAAGGAAGACUGGAGCUUAAAGUUCUGUCCUUCAUGGCACCUCUCAAACCCUUCAUUGCAAUUGUGAUUGAAGUUGUUAUUUUAGUAGCUCUCAUUGUCUGUUAUGAGAUAUAUUCAACAAAAGUAAAACGUACAGAAGCCGAAAAAGAAUUUGACCAAAUUGAGCAUCUUAAAUCAGAAGAUGGUGGUCUGGAAAGCAGUGAAGCUAGGCAGAGAAGAAUUUGAUCUGGUCCCUAAAAAGAAGAUUUAGGGCAGCAGAAAUGGAAAUCAUCACAAAGCUACAGAAGUAUGCAGCUGCGCAUUUUAAACAUCCACUAUGCUUCUAAGUAAACUCCUCUACACUUUAAGAAAAUAAGAUGCUUUUAAAAUAGCUGUGAAACUGUUUAUUUUAUACAGAUGAUAAUGUAUUCCAAUGUACUGCAUUUAGAUCUCUGAUGUCUGUAACAUUUGUAAUUUUACUACUAAAAGGCUUUUUUUUUUAUGUGAUUAGACUUCCUGUUGUUUGACUGAUGUGUUUGAUUUUAUGUUCUAAAUUGGAACUAACUUUGCAUUCACUGAGUGAACAGAUGAUAUAGAAUGGGCCUGUAAGUGUUACAAGGCUGGACUUGUAAGAUCAAAAAAGUAAUUCCACCAAAGAAAAUGCCUUUUACUAGAAGAUGAAGCAAAUGUGACACAGCCAUUUUUU